CAGGCCGGCCGGGGCACAAGGCAGAGCGAACCUGACCUGCUGGCUGGCUGGCGUUGCCGGCCUCCCUUCCUCCCUCCUGCCCGUCCUUCCAGCCCGCCUUCGUCCCGUCCGCCCGAGCGCAGGUGGCAAGCCGGAGCAGGUACCCACACAGAAUCGGCCGGACAUCGGCUUGAGGGACCAGAUCCGGGCUCAGGUCCUAGUUAGAUAUCAGGAUGGCCCAGCAAGCUGCUGAUAAAUAUCUUUAUGUGGAUAAAAACUUCAUCAACAAUCCAUUGGCCCAGGCCGACUGGGCAGCCAAGAAGCUGGUCUGGGUACCUUCUGAGAAGAAUGGCUUUGAGCCUGCUAGUCUCAAAGAGGAAGUUGGUGAUGAGGCCAUCGUGGAGCUGAUUGAGAAUGGGAAGAAGGUCAAAGUGAAUAAGGAUGAUAUCCAGAAGAUGAAUCCCCCAAAGUUCUCCAAGGUGGAGGACAUGGCUGAGCUCACAUGCCUCAAUGAAGCCUCUGUGCUCCACAACCUGAAGGAGAGAUACUACUCAGGACUCAUCUAUACCUAUUCAGGCCUGUUCUGUGUGGUCAUCAACCCUUACAAGAACCUGCCCAUCUACUCUGAAGAAAUUGUGGAGAUGUACAAAGGCAAAAAGAGACAUGAGAUGCCCCCUCAUAUCUAUGCCAUCACAGACACUGCUUAUAGGAGCAUGAUGCAAGAUAGAGAAGACCAGUCCAUUCUGUGCACGGGUGAAUCAGGAGCUGGGAAGACUGAAAACACCAAGAAGGUCAUUCAGUACCUGGCUUAUGUGGCAUCUUCACACAAGAGCAAGAAGGACCAGGGUGAGCUAGAACGGCAGCUGCUGCAGGCCAACCCCAUCCUGGAGGCUUUUGGUAAUGCCAAGACUGUGAAGAAUGACAACUCUUCCCGAUUUGGCAAGUUCAUUCGAAUCAACUUUGAUGUCAAUGGUUACAUUGUUGGAGCCAAUAUUGAGACUUAUCUUUUGGAGAAAUCGAGGGCCAUCCGUCAAGCCAAGGAGGAAAGGACCUUCCAUAUCUUCUAUUACUUGCUGUCUGGAGCUGGAGAACACUUAAAGACUGAUCUGUUGUUGGAGCCCUACAACAAGUAUCGUUUCCUGUCCAACGGGCACGUCACCAUUCCUGGACAACAAGACAAGGAUAUGUUCCAGGAGACCAUGGAAGCCAUGAGGAUCAUGAGCAUUCCGGAGGAGGAACAGAUGGGCUUGCUGAAAGUGAUUUCAGGGGUCCUUCAGCUCGGCAAUAUAGCCUUCAAGAAGGAACGCAACACUGACCAGGCCUCUAUGCCAGACAAUACAGCUGCCCAAAAAGUCUCCCACCUUCUGGGGAUCAAUGUGACUGAUUUCACUCGAGGGAUCCUCACACCUCGAAUCAAGGUGGGACGGGAUUAUGUCCAGAAGGCCCAGACCAAAGAACAGGCUGACUUUGCCAUUGAGGCUUUGGCUAAAGCUACAUAUGAACGUAUGUUCCGCUGGCUGGUAAUGCGUAUUAACAAGGCUUUGGACAAGACCAAGAGACAGGGUGCCUCCUUCAUCGGGAUCCUGGACAUUGCUGGUUUUGAGAUCUUUGAUCUAAACUCGUUUGAGCAGCUCUGCAUCAACUACACCAACGAGAAGCUGCAGCAGCUCUUCAACCACACCAUGUUCAUCCUGGAGCAGGAAGAGUACCAGCGUGAGGGCAUUGAGUGGAACUUCAUUGACUUUGGCUUGGACCUGCAGCCCUGCAUUGACCUCAUUGAGAAGCCUGCUGGCCCCCCUGGCAUCUUGGCACUUUUAGAUGAGGAAUGCUGGUUUCCCAAAGCCACAGACAAAAGCUUUGUAGAGAAAGUGGUGCAGGAACAAGGCACACACCCUAAAUUCCAGAAGCCCAAACAGCUGAAAGACAAAGCUGAUUUUUGUAUCAUUCACUAUGCUGGCAAGGUUGACUAUAAAGCUGAUGAAUGGCUGAUGAAGAACAUGGACCCGCUGAAUGAUAAUAUUGCCACGCUUCUCCACCAGUCCUCAGAUAAAUUUGUCUCUGAACUAUGGAAAGAUGUUGAUCGCAUCAUUGGACUUGACCAAGUGGCUGGCAUGUCAGAAACGGCUCUGCCAGGUGCCUUUAAGACCAGAAAGGGCAUGUUCAGAACGGUUGGACAGCUCUAUAAGGAGCAGCUCUCCAAGUUGAUGGCCACCCUGAGAAACACCAACCCCAACUUUGUCCGGUGUAUCAUCCCCAACCACGAGAAGAAGGCUGGCAAAUUGGACCCUCAUCUUGUCUUGGACCAGCUGCGCUGUAAUGGUGUGUUGGAGGGAAUCCGGAUCUGCCGCCAGGGCUUCCCCAAUAGAGUUGUCUUCCAGGAGUUCCGGCAGAGGUAUGAGAUCCUGACUCCAAAUUCAAUUCCUAAAGGUUUCAUGGAUGGAAAACAGGCAUGUGUGUUAAUGAUCAAAGCCUUAGAACUGGACAGCAACCUGUAUCGCAUUGGACAGAGCAAAGUCUUCUUCCGAGCUGGGGUCCUUGCUCACCUGGAAGAGGAGAGAGAUUUGAAGAUCACAGAUGUCAUCAUAGGCUUCCAGGCCUGCUGCAGGGGCUAUCUGGCCAGAAAGGCCUUUGCCAAGAGGCAGCAGCAGCUGACGGCCAUGAAGGUGCUCCAGCGCAACUGUGCGGCCUACUUGAAACUCCGCAACUGGCAGUGGUGGCGCCUCUUCACCAAGGUCAAGCCCCUGCUCCAAGUCAGCAGACAGGAAGAAGAGAUGAUGGCCAAGGAGGAGGAGCUGGUGAAGGUCAAAGAGAAGCAAUUGGCAGCAGAGAACAGACUGACCGAGAUGGAGACCUUGCAAUCUCAGACCAACUUGGUCUUUGACUCAGGCUUUUGGAGAACUAAUUCCAAGCAGGCGCUGAGGCCCUCAUUGAUGGAAGGGUUUCAGGCCAGAAUCCCAUCGGAUAAAGAAAACAAUGCUCAGGAAGAUGAUGUUCAAGAUGAAGAGGUGCCCCAUAAGGAAGAGGACACUUCGGAUGAGGAAGAAAUAGCUUUGGAAGACUUUGCGAAGAUGAAAAAAGAGCUAGAAGAAUGUAUCCAAAAACUCUAUGCCAUGGCAGAUGAAGUUGACAAGACCCACAAGAAUUGUACCAUUGCCAAAGUGGUGUCUAAUUCCACUGGUAUUGUCUCUGGGGUCCUGAGCAUCCUUGGAAUUGUUCUAAUACCUGUCACAUUAGGUGGGAGUUUAGGGCUCACAAUAGCUGGCAUGAGCCUGGGGUCAGCAUCUGGCAUCACCAACCUCGUGUCCAGUGGUAUUGACCAUAUCAAAGGUGCAAGGAUAAAAAAGAGAGUGAAGCACAUGAUGGCAGCCUCCAAAGUGAAGUUGCCUCAGGAGCAGCAGUCUAUGAUGGACAGACGUGAAGAGAGAGAAGCUGUUGGAAAGAUAGUAGAGAAAGGAGUUUCUGAGUGUGGGAAUUUAAUCAUUAAGAUCAAAAAGAACAUCAUGCCCCUCGCCAAAGCCAGGUCUGGCAUAAUAUCUGGCACUGAGGGGAUUGGAGUUUCUGGGAGCACCAGCAUCAAGGCUGGCAACGCUGUGAAGAACACCCUUGGAGGCACAGUCGUGGGCAUGACCAAAGGAAUCAAGGUCUUUGGAAUAGUAACAGGGAGUGUUGGUAUACUAAUGGAUACCUACUUUCUCAUAAAGGAAUCCAGGCACUUGUUGAAAGGAUCCAAGGCAAAGACGGCCAAUGAACUGAGGCAGGCUGCCCAGAGAUUGAAGGAGAGCCUCGAGAAGCUCUGUAAGCAACACGAGGCUGCUGGAGGGCAGUGA